AGCAACAACAACAACGUAAAAAUCUGCAACAAAUUUUUCACAACAAUGCAUGAUUUGGUAGCGCACAUAGGCGUCGAUCACAUCGGCAGUAGCUGCAGCAACAACACAACAAUCAACAACAACAUACAACAACAACAACAACAACAACAAACUUUUGUAUGUAUGUGGGAAGGUUGUUGUCGAAAAUACAAGCCUUUCAAAGCGAAAUACAAAUUGGUCAACCACAUCCGUGUACACACUGGAGAGCGCCCGUUCACGUGUAACUAUCCCGGCUGUGGCAAGGUCUUUGCCAGAAGUGAGAACCUCAAAAUACACAAACGAACUCACACAGGCGAGAAACCAUUCCACUGCGACCAUCCCGGGUGUGACCGGAAGUUCGCCAACAGCAGCGACCGGAAGAAGCAUAGUCACGUGCACACCAAUGAGAAGCCGUACGUUUGUAAACAUCCGGCAUGUGAUAAAAUGUACACACACCCGUCAUCGCUGAGGAAACACAUGAAGGUCCACGCAAAAAAC